AUGGCUCUACUAGAAUUAUCAAUCAUCAAGGAUUGGUAUGCUAAGUUUGGACGUGGUGAAAUAAACACAGAAAACGUUGAGCAUAGUGGACGCCCAAAAGAGGUCGUUACCGAAGAAAACAUCAAAACAGUCCACAAAAUUGUGAAGUCGUUCGAGAUAGCAGGCACUUUAGAGAUAUCAAGUGAACAUGUACAUAAUAUCAUUCACGAAUAUUUGGUAUUCUACAGAUCUGGUCCAGGCGACUAUUUCCUGUCAUCAGAUCUCAAAAAAAAACUCGCUGAAAAGAAAUUUUCAUCGAAUAAGGAGAUUGUCACUGAAACUGAGGCCUAUUUUGAAACAAAGGACACAUCAAUGGCAAAUGGUAUCGAUGAGUUUAAGGACCGCUAUAAUCAUAGUAUCACCGAUGAAGGGAACUAUGUUGAAUAA